AUGAAGCUUAUCACGUUUGGCCUUGCUGCGCUCCUCAUAGCCGUGACCUCAGCUACAAUCCAGCCCAGUCGUCGCGCCUCGAACCCGCCUGCUGCCCGCGUUCUCCUCGGCAGUGUAGAGCAUAUCUAUGUCGCCGAUUUCUUCCCAAGCAUCAACAUGUGGUUUAUAACCUUAAUGAAGAAGGUUCCCGGCACCCCCUCAUGGAUGACUUUCAUGCCACCAAACAGACUCUAUGCCGCUGACGCGUCCUCGACUACCCUCCGUGUUUUCGACCUGGACCUCCAAAACAAUACGCUUGAGCUAAAGAGAGAGAGUCAAGCUAGUUCUGGCGUUGUGCACCUCCAGUUUAAUGCCGACAAGACCCGUCUUAUUGGCUCUGCCUAUGGCGCCGGCACUAUCGACGUCUGGGAUAUUGAGGGCGGCAACCUGGAUCUACUAAAGACUAUAAGAUCUCCGGGCAAGUUAGGCCCGAAUGCGGAACGUCAAAGCGCUCCUCAUCCCCACCAGGCAACCUUUGAUCCAACAGGCAGUUUUUUAGUUGUCAAUGACCUUGGAACUGAUUCGAUUAUUAUCAUUGACGGACGGGAUGACAGGUAUGAGAUUAUCGAUAAUAUAUACGCUAAACCCAGCGGCUGUGGCCCUCGCCAUGGCGUCUUUUAUCCUCAGGGCUCAGCCAAAGCUACUCACUAUAUUAUUAUCUGCGAACUUAGUAACCAAGUCCUUGUCUACUCGGUGACUUACGACACCGACCGUCUCUCUCUUCAACAAGUCCAGGACAUCCCGGCGUUCGGUCCAAAAUUCCCUCCGAAAGAUGAUCUUACUACAGCUUCAAGCGCUAUUAUCCUUUCCCCUGACAACAAGGACCUUUAUAUCUCAAACCGAUUGACGGGAAUGCGGAUUGACACCGUGACACAGUUCAGGCUCUGUCAGUCGAACUGUAGCUUCCCUCAGUUAACCUACGCCCGUACAACUUCUACUGGCGGUAUUGUCCCCCGAAUGAUAAGCUUCAGUCAGGAUGGGGAAUAUAUCUUCGCUGGAAAUCAGAAUGAGGGCUUUGGCCUGGUUGCCCUAAGACGGGAUAAGGAUGGCACCCUUCAGAACAGGAGGGUUGCUCAGAUUCGUGCCUCUAUUUUUGGCGAGAAAGGUUCAGGACCCCAGUUUGUUAAACAAAUUGCCUGA